AUGAGAAAUGACUUGUCUGAAAUUGGCCAGAAAGUUGAUGCCCAUGCAGUGUCGAUAAAGCAACUUGAGCAACAAUUUAGUCAGUUGUCUGCUACUGUGAAUACAUACCAACCAGGAACGCUUCCCAGCAACACCAUCCAAAAUCUGAAGAAUGAUGGGCUUUGUAUGGCAGUCACGACUCGUGAAGGAAAGCAGACUACUGACCCCCCCAUGCCAUCCGAUGUAGAAAAAGUGGUAGAAACAGAUGGUGAUGAGAUUGAGGUUACCGAAGAGACUAAAAAUGCCACAGAAAAUGAAGCGGAGAUAGCCCAAAAGGUUGUUCCCAUUCCUAGACCUCCACCUCCUUUCCCACAGAGGUUAGUGCAGAAGGCUGAAGAAGGAAAGUACUGCAGGUUCAUAACUAUGUUGAAACAGCCUUCCAUCAAUGCCUCUUUGAUAAAAGCUUUGGAGCAAAUGCCUUGGUAUGCAAAGUUCAUGAAGGACUUGGUGACCAAAAAGAGGGCUGUUAGUUUUGAGAAUGAUGAGAGGUUGCAGCAUUGUAGUGCCAUUUCUACGAGGUCACAGGUACAAAAGAUAGAGGAUCCUGGAGCUUUCACUAUUCCAUGCACCAUCGGUAAGAUGCACUUUGCAAAAGCUUUGUGUGAUUUGGGUGCCAGCAUUAACUUGAUGCCGUUGUCAAUUUAUAAGAAGUUGGGUUUAGGAGCUCCAAAACCAACUGUGAUGCAUUUACCUAUGGCUGAUAGAACUAUGAAAAAGCCCAUUGGAGUGCUUCAAGAUGUCUUUGUGAAUGUGGGGCCGUUCAUUUUUCUGACAAACUUUGUUAUACUUGAUUGCGAGGUUGACUUUGAGGGCCCCAUCAUCUUAGAGAGAUAA